UGGGCUGUGUGCAUCCCAGCUCCCUGCACCCACCACAGGGGUCCCUGGCAGUGGGAUGGGGGUGCACUGGGUCUCUUUAAGAGGGUUCAGGGCUGGGGAGGUGAGCCAGGGCCACCAGAAAGCAGGAGGGUGAGCUCAUGGCAAAGCUGCCCCAGUCAUGUGGAGCAGCCACAGCUGUCGGUGAUCUUGGGCCACGGAACGGAGGGGCCGGAGGCAUAAAGCGUCGUGGCCAGCGGAGCUGCUGGGAACCGGGUCUGGGGGCUCUCUGCCUGUGCGGGUGAGGAGCAGAGGCUGCAUCCCACACAGGGCUGUGCACUGCUGGCAGACAUGGAGCUGGAAGUGCAACGGGCCAAGGAGCUCAUCGAGCAGAAGCUGGCAGAGGAGGAGGAAGAGGAGAAGGAGAAGCGACACAAACGCGAUGGUGCGUGGGAGCCACCAGCCGUGGAGAGGAUGAACACACCUGAGCUGGAGGAGGAGAAACACCACGGCCCCAGGAACCGGGGCCUUGAGGCCAUCAAGGGCCAGGAGCGGGUGCGGAAGAGCUCAGUGGACCUGCGGAGGGAGAUCAUUGAUGUGGGGAGCAUCCAGCGCCUCAUCGAGCUCCGCAAGCAGCGCCGGCAGCGCCGGGAGGAGCGGGCGGCCACCCCCGAGCCCCCCCCGCCGCCGGAGUCCUUGGAGAUCGAGGGUCCCGUGGAGCCAGAGACCUUCCUGCGAGCCGCCGUCCAGGGCAAGAUGCACAUCAUCGACAAGUUCCUGGCAGACGGUGGCUCCCCCAACACGUGUGACGAGUUCCACCGCACGGCCCUGCACCGCUCCUCGCUGGAGGGACACACGGACAUCCUGCAGAAGCUGCUGGACAGCGGGGCCACUGUUGACUUCAGGGACCGGCUGGACAGCACCGCUGUGCACUGGGCCUGCCGGGGUGGGCACCUGGACGCUGUGAAGCUGCUGCAGGACAGCGGGGCAGACCUCAACGUGAAGGACAAGCUGCUCAGCACCCCCCUCCACGUGGCCACCCGAACCGGGCACCUUGACAUCGUGGAGCACCUCAUCCACUGCGGUGUGGACAUCAAUUCCCCAGACAGGGAAGGCGACACGGCGCUGCACGAUGCCACACGGCUCAGCCGCUAUAAGAUCAUCAAAACGCUGCUCCUGCACGGGGCUGACAUGAUGGCCAAGAACCAGGCUGGCAAGACCCCAACGGACCUGGUGCAGCAGUGGCAGGUGGACACACGCCAGGCACUGGAGACCAAGGAGCAGCCGCAGGAUGGGAUGGAGGUUCCUGCGUGAUGGCACCAGGA